UUUUUCUCAAUUGCCUACUAUGGCUUCCUUACUGUUUUUGGUGUAGAUGAUCACCAUUGUUGAGUAAUUUUGAUAUGGCAUCAGAGCAAGGUUGCUCUCGUUGCUUCUGAUCUGAAUUUUUUGUUUCUUUUUCUAGUUGAUUCUCUAUCAUGACAGGUUCUGAAAAUGUUCCUCUAACACAGGGAACUCCUGUUAAUGGUGAUACGUACAAUGCUCUCUAUAUACAUCCUUCUGACAGUCCUGGAAUGGUAAUGGUUCCAGUUCAAUUCGAUGGAACAGGAUAUCAGUCCUGGAGAAGGGGAGUUAUGCGAGCUUUGUCAGUGAAGAACAAGCUCGGAUUCAUCGAUGGUAGUUGUGCUAAACCAGUUGCAAAUUCAAGUCAGUCACGUCAAUGGCAGAGUUAUGAUGAUAUGGUAACUUCCUGGAUCUUAAAUUCUCUCACUAAGGAAAUUUCAGAUAGUGUAGAAUAUGUUAAUGAUUCAGUGGAGCUUUGGAAAGAACUUGAAGAUAGGUAUGAUCAAACGAAUGGAGCAAAGUUAUAUCAGAUUCAAAAGGAAAUUAAUGAUCUCACACAGGGAAGUUUGGAUAUCACAGUCUAUUACACUAGAAUGAAAGAACUUUGGGAAGAAUUGAAUACUUUAAAUGUAAGGAAUCAUUGUUCUUGUGCUUGCACUUGUGGAGCUAAGGAUGGGUUGCAUAGAGCAGAACAUGAUAGACGUUUGAUACAGUUUUUAAUAGGGAUGAAUGAAGUGUAUACUGUAAUAAGAAGUAAUAUUUUUAUGAUGAAUCCUCUUCCAUCAAUGGCGCAGACUUUCUUUUUAUUGGUUCAAGAAGAGAAGCAAAGAGAAUUCAAACCUUUUAAUCAAAUUCCUAUGGAAUCAAUUUCUUUGAAUGUGAAUUCUUCUAACAAUAAUGGAAAGGGAUCAACGGGAAGGAACUACAAGACAUCAUUCUCUAAUGAUAACUACUCUGGAAAUAAUAACACUUCAGGAAAUAACAACAGUUAUGGAGGAUCUAACUAUUACUCAGGUAGCAAUAGCAAUAGAAUUGCUAUGUUUUGUAGUUACUGCAAAAGGACAGGACAUAUCAGGGAAAAAUGUUAUAAGUUGAUUGGAUAUCCCAAUUAGGCUAACAGGAAUAAUGGAUCUCAUGCUAGACAGAACAUUAAUCAUGAAUAUAAGGGAAAGAGAGUUGUAGCUAAUGUGCAUGGAUCUUCUGAUGAUAUGAUAUCUGUACAAGGAGAAGAUUGUUCACAGGGUAUUCAUAGCCUAAAGACCACAGUCACUAAACAAUAUGAUCAUAUGAUGAAACUUUUGCAGAAUUUUCGAGUUGAAGGAGCUGAUUUAACUAAUUCAAACAUGGAUGCUGGUUCUGUGAAUUUUGCAGGCCCCUCCAGUGAAGAGGCCUCAGGUGCUUGGUAGUAGCAGAGAAGGACUUUAUUUUCUUUGUUCAAGAUGUCUGAAGAACCCUGAUAAAUUAAUUCUUCUUUGUCUAGUAAUAGUAGUAAGGUUACAAAUAAAGUUUUACAUGAUACAAAUAAAUGUACAGAUCCACUUGUGUGUUCUUCCA